CUCUGUCUCUCCCAGCGCGGGGGGAUAGAUGCACAAGCUGCUCUCUGCUGUCUCCGGCAUUUUCGCGCCUUGAUCGGAGCGGGAUUUAAAACUGCAGGCAGAGCAUUAAAGGGUCAAGCCCGCCCCCAUGGGCGCCCAGCUCUGCGGUUGCUUGCUAGGGCAAUCUAAACUUUGUGGAGGGAUGUCAGACCGUCUCUCGAUGGAGAAGAAAUAGUGGGCUAUGAAGAUUAUGAUCCUCUAUCUGAUUCUACAUAGUUGGUGCCCUGAGAAACUAUGGAGGUUCUUUAGACAACAGAUGGAAAUGGAUGGUUAAGUCCUAGAUUUUCUACACAUUUUAUCCAGCAUUUUGAUUGACUAUAUCUUUAAAGCAUUUUAUUACAACAUGUCACCUCUGCUGGCUUGAAACAUUCUUAAAAUGGUCCUUUUGUUGUUCCUGGCAGUCCUGCUUUUGAAGGAAGAUGCUGGUAGGAAUGCUGGCUUUCUGGUUUCUGCACAGUCCAAUGAGAGGAGAGUGGUUGCUCAUAUGCCUGGUGAUAUCAUCAUUGGGGCUUUAUUUUCAGUCCACCACCAACCUACUGUGGACAAGGUCCAUGAGAGGAAAUGUGGAGAGGUUAGGGAACAAUAUGGCAUUCAGAGAGUGGAGGCCAUGCUCCAUACCCUGGAGAGGAUUAAUUCAGACCCAACACUGUUGCCUAAUAUUACAUUAGGCUGUGAAAUAAGGGAUUCUUGCUGGCAUUCUGCUGUGGCCCUGGAGCAGAGCAUAGAGUUCAUAAGGGACUCACUCAUUUCUUCAGAAGAGGAAGAGGGGUUGGUGCGCUGUGUUGAUGGCUCCUCCACUCCAUUCCGCUCAAAAAAACCCAUAGUUGGGGUGAUUGGCCCUGGUUCUAGCUCUGUGGCGAUCCAGGUCCAGAACUUGCUCCAGCUUUUCAAUAUACCUCAGAUAGCAUACUCAGCCACAAGCAUGGACUUAAGUGACAAAACAUUGUUCAAGUAUUUCAUGAGGGUAGUGCCAUCAGAUGCCCAACAGGCUCGGGCCAUGGUGGACAUCGUGAAAAGAUACAACUGGACCUAUGUUUCUGCUGUGCACACAGAAGGCAACUAUGGAGAAAGUGGGAUGGAAGCAUUCAAAGACAUGUCAGCCAAGGAAGGAAUCUGCAUUGCUCAUUCCUACAAGAUCUAUAGCAAUGCUGGGGAACAGAGUUUUGACAAGCUCCUGAAGAAGCUUAUCAGCCACCUGCCAAAGGCAAGAGUGGUGGCCUGCUUUUGUGAGGGGAUGACAGUGAGAGGUUUGCUGAUGGCCAUGAGGCGCCAAGGGCUGGCUGGUGAAUUUCUACUUCUAGGAAGUGAUGGCUGGGCUGACAGGUAUGAUGUGACAGAGGGAUACCAACGUGAAGCUGUUGGUGGAAUCACAAUCAAGCUCCAGUCUCCUGAUGUGAAGUGGUUUGAUGAUUACUACCUGAAACUCCGACCAGAAACCAACCUGCGAAACCCUUGGUUCCAAGAGUUUUGGCAGCAUCGCUUCCAGUGCCGGCUGGCAGGGUUUUCACAGGAGAACAGCAAAUACAAUACCACUUGCAACAGUUCCCUGACUCUGACUACACAGUAUGUCCAAGAUUCCAAAAUGGGGUUUGUAAUCAAUGCGAUAUAUUCCAUGGCAUAUGGUCUUCACAACAUGCAGACAGCACUCUGCCCAGGAUAUGCUGGGCUCUGUGAUGCCAUGAAACCAAUUGAUGGUCGAAAACUUCUUGAUUCUCUGAUGAAAACAAAUUUCACCGGCGUUUCUGGAGAUACAAUCCUUUUCGAUGAGAAUGGUGACUCUCCAGGAAGGUAUGAAAUCAUGAAUUUCAAGGAAAUGGGAAACAACUAUUUCGAUUACAUCAAUGUGGGCAGCUGGGACAAUGGUGAAUUGAAAAUGGAUGAUGACGAAGUGUGGCCCAAGAAAAGUGCCAUCAUUAGGUCGGUGUGCAGUGACCCAUGUGAGAAAGGCCAGAUCAAGGUGAUCCGAAAGGGAGAAGUCAGCUGCUGUUGGACCUGUACUCCAUGCAAAGAGAAUGAGUUUGUUUUUGAUGAAUACACAUGCAAGGCAUGCCAACUUGGCUCCUGGCCCACUGAAGAUCUUACAGGUUGCGAUCUGAUCCCAGUGCAGUAUCUGAGAUGGGGUGAUCCAGAACCAAUUGCAGCUGUGGUGUUUUCCUGCCUGGGCCUGCUGGCCACCCUGUUUGUUACAGCAAUCUUCAUCAUGUACCGGGACACUCCAGUUGUCAAAUCUUCUAGCCGGGAACUCUGCUAUAUUAUUCUGGCAGGCAUCUGCUUGGGGUACUUGUGUACUUUCUGUCUCAUCGCAAAGCCUAAGCAGAUUUAUUGCUACCUUCAGAGAAUAGGCAUUGGCCUCUCUCCAGCCAUGAGCUACUCUGCACUGGUCACCAAAACCAAUCGCAUCGCCAGAAUUCUGGCAGGCAGCAAGAAAAAGAUCUGUACCAAGAAGCCAAGGUUCAUGAGUGCCUGUGCUCAGCUAGUCAUUGCAUUCAUCCUGAUUUGCAUUCAGCUUGGCAUAAUUGUUGCCCUUUUCAUAAUGGAGCCUCCUGACAUAAUGCAUGACUACCCAAGUAUUCGGGAAGUCUACUUGAUCUGCAACACCACCAACCUUGGCGUUGUAACUCCCCUUGGUUAUAAUGGAUUAUUAAUUUUAAGCUGUACCUUUUAUGCAUUCAAGACCAGAAAUGUUCCAGCUAAUUUCAAUGAGGCCAAGUACAUCGCCUUCACAAUGUACACCACUUGCAUCAUAUGGCUGGCCUUUGUGCCCAUAUAUUUUGGAAGCAACUACAAAAUCAUCACCAUGUGUUUCUCGGUCAGCCUCAGUGCCACUGUGGCCCUGGGCUGCAUGUUUGUGCCGAAGGUGUACAUCAUUCUGGCCAAGCCAGAGAGAAAUGUGAGAAGCGCCUUCACAACCUCUACAGUGGUACGGAUGCAUGUAGGAGAUGGGAAGUCAUCCUCAGCUGCCAGCCGGUCAAGCAGCCUAGUCAACCUGUGGAAAAGAAGGGGAUCAUCUGGAGAGACCCUAAGGUACAAAGGCAGGAGACUGGCCCAGAACAAGUCGGAAAUAGAGUGUUUCACCCCCAAAGAGAGUAUGGGGAAUGGUGGGCGAGCAACCAUGAGCAGCUCUAAUGGUAAGUCGGUCACGUGGGCUCAGAAUGAGAAGAGCAGCCGUGGGCAGCACCUCUGGCAGAGACUGUCAGUCCACAUCAACAAAAAAGAGAACCCCAACCAAACAGCUGUCAUUAAGCCCUUCUCCAAGAGCACAGACAGCAGAUUUGGCAGUACCACAUUCCCAGAGUCUAGCACCAAGAUGCUGUAUGAUGUUUCAGAAGUAGAAGAACACUACCCCGCCCAGUAUAGGCCACAGACUCCUUCUCCCGUCAGCACAGUGAGCCAGCCAGCAGGGUCUGUGAGCCGCACGGAUGAUGACAUCCCAUCCUUGCACUCAGAACACGCCCAGAGGAGCAGCUCCUCCCAGGGUUCCCUGAUGGAGCAGAUCAGCAGUGUAGUGACCCGCUUCACGGCCAACAUCAGUGAAUUGAACUCCAUGAUGUUGUCAACAGCGUCCCCAGGCACCAUGGUGGCCGCCCCUCUUUGCUCUUCCUACCUGAUCCCUAAAGAGAUGCAGCUUCCUACAACCAUGACCACUUUUGCUGAAAUACAACCUCUCCCUUCCAUUGAGGUAAAUGGUGGUGCACAGCCAACCAGUAAAACCCCUCCAGGAGGAGGUGCUGGAAAAGAGAGUGCACCUGAGACAUCAGCCGUAGUCAAGCAAGAUCUGGAGGAGUUGGUGGCUUUAACUCCUCCUUCCCCUUUUAGAGACUCAGUGGAUUCAGGGAGCACUUCUCCUAACUCACCAGUGUCUGAAUCAGCCCUCUGUAUCCCAUCAUCUCCAAAAUAUGACACACUUAUCAUAAGAGAUUACACUCAGAGCUCUUCUUCUUUGUGAAUGUAAUUUGAGACCACACUGGAUCCUGACAGUGAUGAUCAGGCAGAGACAAAAGCAAGCCUUCAAGAUCUCUAGUGUUUGCACAGAGGCAGUGACAGGCAUUGGUCACCUGAUUAAGAACAGAGGUGUAAGGCAGACAUUAAAUCAGUAAUGGAAACAUCAGAUUUUUGUGCUAUUAAAAAAAUCUAGUGGCAGAUUUUCUUCCAGUGGCCUUAGAAAACAUGGGCUUUUAAGAAACACUGCUUCUACUUUCGACGGCUGAUAAAGAGUCUGUUAUAACAGUUAUAUACCAAGUGCUUUGCUUUAGGGUAGCAAUGAACUCUGUGUACAGUAUGUGAAAAAAAAAGAAUAGAUUGUAAGCUACUAUAAAAAAAAGUUUUGUUUGUUUACUUUGAUUCUUAUCCCAGAAGUGAUCUUUUAUCAAGAAUAGAAGAACAAAUAUGAAUGUACAUUUUCUAACAGACUCAAAAUCUGGGACCAAAAUGUCAGGCUUUCUCUCUCUUUCUCUCUCUCUCUCUCUCUCUCUCUCUCUCUCUCUCUCUCUCUCUCUCUCUCUCUCUCUCCCUCUCCCUCUCCCUCUCCCUCUCCCUCUCCUCUUUCUCUCUCUUUUUUUCCCAUGAAGAUCUUGAAAAGCAGUAACUUCAGUUGAGUAAAAUCCUCCGAAGUGUGUGUCCCAAGCAUGAUAUACAACUGGAGAGUGAAUACUCUGCAGUGAAUGCUAACUAUAUGACUUAGGGCUCUACCAGACUUCUCUUCAACUUACCAAUUUGGUUUUGAAAUCCUCUUCCAGAAAUCUCCAUGGGAGGUUGACCUUAGUUACAUUGGAUUCACCUCCAUUAGCCAACAAAACCAGUGGAAGAUUUCCUGUCUAUUCAGACUAUUCACCAUGUUGCCAAUCAAUACUGGAGUAGCAAAAAACAAACAAACAAAAAACAUUUUCUGGAACACUGUUUUAUAAUUCCCUUCUUAGGGCACAUUAUGCAGCUGGGGACCCUCUUCCUAGCAGCAAUCCUGAGCUCUAUCCUUGCUGCCUCCCCAGUGGAAUGUCACACAUUUUUAUGAAUGCUGUUUCAUUAGCAUUGCCAGCUAAAAUAGGCAUUCAGGCUUCCUCAUUCCCUGCUUGCAAGAACCUGAUACACACUCGAAGAGUUUUUCAGCUCAAACUUUUGAAGUCAGACUACUGGGGAUGGUGGCCCACAAACCCGAUGAAGACGUUGCCACAAUUGUAGGGAUUGUCGCCGAAGGAGUUAUCAAGAUUAUAAAUAAACUGGAAAUAAACAACUGUAUUAAGGCCAGCUUAGUGGAGGGUGUAUGACUCCAAUAAGCAACGAUUUUAACUUCUCUUGGCUGCUCAGACAUUGCAGCUAUGAACUGUGACAAAAGUAGAUUUUCAAAGCAAUACAGAGUAAACGUUAAAAAAAAAAAACAGAGAAACUGUAGAGAGUACAAACCAACAUGGUCUUUCUUGGUUUCUUAGCCACUUGUAGAAGACAGAAGGGAAUUACUCACAUUUUUCUUUUUGAAAUAAUCAUUAGAAUGGGUUAAUGCAGUUCUUACUUUUGAAUACAUGUGGGGAAAAGAGUGAAAGUUUGACUAGUAACAAAUGAAUUUUGAUGGGCAGCAACCUCACUCAAGCCCUGAGUAUAACAUCCUUCCUCUCCUUUUUCUGUACAGCUAUCCUCAGGUGCCAAACAUUGUACUUUAUAUCAAGAUAGCAUUAUCAGAAGGGGUGCGACUGUAAUGUAAAGGGGAGCUGACCCAGCUUUAUACUGAAGAUAGAGGGAUUGAUAGAUAGAUGGAUAGCCAAAGAGGAAGAAGACAUAUAAUAAAAAUAAUGUGUAGGUGGAAAAAAUAUUUUCCCUUUAGAAAUCAGUAUUUCAUAUUUGAACUCUCACUCCAAUAUUCCAAAACAUCUCUGAUUUAAUCAACAUGAGUAUUUCAUCCCAGAGUAAAGGUCACAAUGUAUUCAUUCCUAAACAUCCUGGAUGACUCUCAUAUAUAUCACUCCUCCCUACACACAAAAUCAUAACUCAAUAGAAGGUUUAUUUUAAAUGAACAAUGCUCCAUAAAAUUGUUUAGAGACUAAAAGCACAUGCUUUGCAGUAUGUGGUUUACUUUCUUUUAAGAUAUGAGUAAUAUCCUAGCCCUUCCCCGUUCUGAAGCUUUAUAUUCAUUUUCAAACAAAACCCUCAAAUGCCAUGUGAUAAUUUGAAGAUGGUGCUGUUGGAUCAGCCUGAUUUCAAGUGGGUAGUCCAGUUCUCUUUACAAGAACAGUCAUAUCUAGACUUCAAGGAGUACGUAUGAAACAAAGACAAACAUGCUUAGAAAACCAGCCUCCCGAAUCCUUGUCCAAAAGGAGGAGAUUCAUUUAUAGAUAGCUAUCUCUACAUCUUUACAUAGUAAUUUAACCUUCUCCUGGAUCACAUUUACUUAUCUUUUUUUUUUACUUCUUUCACUCAAUAAUUAUUCUUAUUUCUCUUUAGUCCCAAAUAAAUUGUCCAAUAGAUUUAUCAAAUUUGAAUAAUACCAAGAAACUUCUUUUUCAAUUUUCCCCAGUACUGAUUUUGUUUUCAUAGCUCUUAGCUAAUAUAUUUCCUAAAACAGUGCUCAAUGAAAUGUGAAACAUGACAAAAUGUGUGUAUAUGUAUAUAUGAAUCAUUUAAUGUGGAUAAAUCCCCCUCUAAUCUAAGAAUUCCAUAUUAAAUAAUAUUUCCAGCUGAUCAAACUUCUUUCACAGCUAUUUGUUAGCUUAUUUCCUAAAAUGAUUUUUCAUACAGGGAGGAACUUUAAAAAAUAAGUAUACACGUAUGUAAUUUAAUGCAAAUAACUUGUCAUCUAAGCACAUCACAAUAAAUCACAUUCAAGUAAGUCACACUUCUAUUCUAGCUCUUUGUUAGAUUAUUUCCUAAAACAGUGCUCAAUGCGAUGAGGAACACAAGAAAAAAUAUAUGCAUAUAAAUCAUUUCAUGCAAAUAAAUUCCCACCUAAAACUUCCAUAAUAAAUCCCAUUUCCAAUUAACUAUAAAGCUGAAGAUACAGUUUCCAGUGAGAGCAAAGCAGGAUGGCUUGCUCUCUGAAUCUGUAUAUUUAUUUUGACAACUUAUAUAUCUAGUAGGAUAACUAUGAUUCUCCACAUGAUAAAUUAGUGAAAUAUUCCUUAUGUGGUACAAACUCUGCAAGGUUAGAUGCUGGCUUCCAGGGAAUAAGUAUAAAAUACACAAGGGACUCAAAAUCUUUACUAGGACUGAGGCCUGAGUUACACUUGUAGAUGAGAGUAGAUGGUUACUUGACCUUAUUAGAAUCACUUGAGUUUCCCAGAUAAGAGCAGUGUGCUGAUUGUGUAAUAAUAUUCUAGUUGGGACCAGUAGUACUUUGAGGAAGAGAAUAUUGUGAAGAGUUCAAGGACUAUAUUGUCAUUAUUAGCUAAGAAAAGUCAUUCAAUAAAAGAGCUUGGUCCCAUGAUGAACAAAUGUGAUCAAAUGGUUAGUCAGAAAGAGGAGUUAUAUUCCAAGAAAGGAGCUCAUUGUGAGAUCAGUGUCUAAAAUGUGGUCAAUCUCAAAUAAGGUAAAGAUAGGUAAGAAAAGCCUGAUAAGAUUUCCUUGAAAUGGAGCAACUAGAUAGAGCAGUGGAUAGAGCUACCAGCCUUGGAGUCAGGUGGACCUGAGUUUAAAUCUGGCCUCAGACCCUUCCCAGCUGUGUGACCCUGGUUGUGUCACUUAACCCUGAUUGCCUUCAAAAGAAAUUUUAAAAUUCCCUAAAACAAGAACAAACAAAAUAUGUUAGAAUCCUCCAUCAACCUAUUUUCCCCCAAGCUACUCCUCUUACUAACAGUUUUCCUCAUUUUGAGAAAAAUAGAAAGGUAAUUUAUGUCCACAAAUGAGUCAGAUAAUGAUUGUGUGGCAGUUUUACAACUUCAAAACUAGGAAUGAAAACACACUUUUUCCAGAACAAAAGAAUCUUCUGUGCUAGUCUCCCAACAUAGCCUAUAUACACUGGAGGCUUAAAUGGUGUCAUCAGAGUUCACUAUGAGCAGCAAAUUCUUAAUAACACUCAAGCUGUCAAAAUCUCUGUGGUUGCCAUUUAUAAUUUUAUACUGUGAAAAAAAAAAUCCAGAUCAGUGAAAGCAUUAAGAUGAAUCAGUAUUUGCUUUGGUGAUGACAUGGUGCCUGAGAGUGAUUUCUCUCUUCAGGGGGAGAAGGAGACAGAAGGCACAAGGCCGAGUGGCUGAAUGUCACUGAUCUGGCAAAUGUGAACAAAUAUACUAUGUAUAUUCUAUGUACUUCUUGGAUUCCAUGGCAGCUGCUAGUGUGUUUGUAAUUAGAAAUCUAUAGAGAAUAUAGAUGUUUUAGACAGAUGGUGCCAAUUCUCAAAGAUUUGUGUGGGCUAUAAGUGCUUGUAAUUAAUAUUAUUAUUUUGGGGCUAAUAACUUAUAAUGGAUUUGGUUUUAAACAUUGUGUGGCUGUAUGUUCUUUUUAUGUUGUUGCUGCUUAUAUACUAUUAAGACAAUAGAGAAUGUACAGUUCUUUUGAUGUGAAUUGCAAAUGAGUUUUUUCAUAAAAUUUAACAUUUUUAUCAGCUCUGUUUUGCUUCAUACUUGUAUAAAUGUACUUUAUUUUAGCAUUUUAAGGAUACAUUUGCUUGUUUCUCAGUUGUCUACAUCAUGUUAUAAUUGGUGUUUGUGUAGUCGGGUACUUUUUCAACAGUAUUAAAAAAAAUCUGUGAUUGA